AUGGCCGCGGCACCGCCUCGGACCCGCUCGGACCCGGCCGGACCCUCAGGCGGCGGCGGCGGCGGCGGCUCCGAGCAUCGCCCUCGCGCCGCUCCUGCAGGCCUGAGCAAGCGAGCGCCGAGCGCGGCGCCGACGCACGGCGGGGCGAGGCCCCCAGGAGCAUCCUACCGUGUGGCUCUGGGUGAGCACAACCUCCUGGAGGACGAUGGCACCGAGUACUACGUUGAUGUGGAUGCAAUCUUCAUUCAUGAUGGCUGGAAUCCCAAUGACAUUGCCAAUGGCUACGACAUUGCCCUGCUGCGCCUCAAGUCUCCUGCCAAUCCCAACGGGUUCGUCGAGCUGGGAGUGCUUCCACGUAGAGGAGACAUUUUGCCCAAUAACUACCCCUGCUAUGUCACCGGCUGGGGGGUGGUUAGCGCGGGGGGCAGCAGUGUGGACAGGCUGCAGGAGGUGAUGCUGCCGGUGGUCGACCACAAGAUCUUCUCCCAGGAUGACUGGUGGGGAUCCCUGGCAAAGGACACCAUGCUCUGUGCUGGUGGAGAUGGCGUGAAGGCUGGAUGCAGUAUAAGAGCUGGGGAUUCUGGGGGCCCUCUCAACUGCUACAAAGAUGAUCACUGGGAUUGUCAAUUUUGGGUUAGUGCCCUCUGUAAUACCUAUCAGAAACCAACAGUCUUCACUCGAGUGUCAGCCUACGUGGACUGGAUCUACAGUACUAUGGAGAAUAACGGUCACCCCGUCUCCACCGUGCUUGCAGCGCCCACAGGCACAGCAUUACUCAUCCCCCGCUCUCGUUUCGUUUUUCGGUGCCUGCACGCGUUGAACCGCGUGUGCAGCCACCAGACCAGAAAGCAUUCCUCUCCGGGUGGCGGAACAGCCUCCGGAAAAGGGAUGAGUCAUUUGGCGACCAGGGGCCGGCGGGGACGGGGACAGGCUGUGACGCCAGGCUCGGCGACUCCAAACCUGGCGCCGGGCGGGAAUAAGAGUCCCGAGGACUUUUCUCGUCAGGAACAGCUAUAA